AUGGCAUUAAGAGCAGGAGAGGUCAAGAGCCAUCUGGCAAAGAUCCAUGGUAGACAGGCAACCUACAGUGACAUGACCUUGAAGCUGGCCAUGGCAUCACUGGAGGUGACAGAACAGCUGCCCACUGGUAUCACUGGGCCUAGAACCAUUGUCCAUGGUCUAAAGGUCAUUGAGGCCAUGGCUUGCAGUCACUGUGACUUUUUGUCCAGGUCAACAGAGCAUCUACAGAAACAUGACUCCAGAGAUCAUCCAAUGGAAACUAGACCAAAACAUUGGAGAGCUUGCAAGGUACAGCAUUUGAAAGAAAGCUCAGGGGAAUUGCAGGCAUUCUGGGAGGUUGAGGAUGCAGACAAGCAGAGCCAACCAACAGCCAGACAGGUACUGGUGGACUCACUGCUCAAAGAACUGGAGCCCACACUAGAGGUGGUCCAAUCACCACCAGAUGGUCACAUGUGGCAUGAACACCUUGCUGGCAAGAACAUCAAACAGCAGUGUGGCCUGGUCAUGUUACCCAAGGCAGAUGAUGGUCUCAUUCUUGGACUGAAGGAGGUGGUUCAAGCAUACUAUCAAAAGGCCCUCAGUCUGCUGGAGCACACAGGAGAGAUUGUCUGGAAAAGGUUGAAUUCCCCCAAUGCCAUGAAAAGUGGCCUGUCCAACACACCCUUCCACAAGCACCUGUACAAGUCAACCAUGAAACAGUACAUCAUCCCAGUGGUGAUUCUGCUGGCAAUGUUGAUCAGACAACAGUACAGUGGAGAGCCAUUCUCUGGUUCAAAUCCCAAGCUGUUAGAUCUCUUGGCAGUGCUUUGCAUUGGUCAAGAAAACACAGAAGCAUUGUCACUCAUCCAUGAGUUGCUGUUCCAGCUCUGGAGCACAGCAUGGAAGCAUCAAGGAGACAGGGACAUUGUGGAUCCAACAGAAAGGUGUCUUGCCCUGAUGACUCUCAGUGAAGAUGGUGCCUUCAAAGAGCCACAUCAAGUCACCCCAAUCAUAGCCAGAUUGGAGUACUGCAUUUGCAUGGAGUCAGACCCACAGAAGGAUGAAGAGGAGCACUGUUCACACCUGGAGAGCUUCUUUGUGGAGAAUACCCAAUAUACUUUCUCCUGUCUGCAUUCCCUGCAACACAGAGUGACUUCCCUGGCCUUGGACACCAUGAGCCUUCCUCAAGUGUGGUGGACAGACACCAAGACCUGGAAGACCAUGUUGUACAGAGGGGAGCAGGUGGACUUUGCUGAUCUCUGCAAGGUCUUUGAAGGGACAGAGGUCAAGCUGGUAGAGGCAUGGGAAUGGGGGAUCCUGAUGGGCCAUGACAUCAGAGCAGACUAUGACAAGAUUGCAGAGGACUUGGUCAACAAAGAUGUUGGCUACUCCUUCCUUUCUGAUGUCAGAAAUCCACAGCUUGCAGGUAGGGAUAGGCUGGUGAAGCACUUCCUAGAAGACAAGGACACAUUUGCCCACUUUGCCAUGAUCAGGCAGGGAGCCAUCAUAUGGAACACUGGUGCCCUUCAAGCAUGGUUGAAGAAGUAUGCAGAGCUGCAAAGCUUGAAGAAAAUACAGAAGGCAUGGGUUGAAGUGCAGUGGUUCUACAGCAGGAGUGAUCUAGGAGACAAAAAUUUCAAUCUCCCCUGCCCCAAGCAUGCAAUGGACCUCUUCGACUGUCCCUUGUUCAAAGGCUUGGGCAAUUAG